AUUCCAAAGCAAAAACACAAUUCCUGACCUUUUUCUGUCCUCUCAUUAAAACUAUUUGCAACAAGAGAGAGAGAGAGAGAGAGAGCGCGAGAUGGAGAAAGAUCUUGCCAUAGCUUACGAUGAAAGAGCAACUGAAGAGGAAAAGGUCACGGCAAAAAGGUUGGAUCGUAACGGGGAUGGAAAAGUAUGCUUAUUGGAGUUCAAGGAGUCUGUGAGUUCAUGGUUAUCAAGUGAGAAAGUAUUCAAACAACACGAUGCAAAUGGUGAGGGAACUCGGGAAUUUAAUGAUGAUUUAGCCAUUUACUACAAGAAGACGACAAACCGAUCUCUUGUCUGCAGUGGUUGCAAUGGUGUACUACUUGGCCAAUUCUUUUCUUGCUUUACAUGUCUACCGAAAUAUCCCGAAUCUGUGGACCUUUGUUGUGACUGUUACGAUAAAGGGGAAUUCAAACACGAGCACUCAAUAAGCCACUUCGUCCAUAGCCAUUCUCUGCUUAAGUGGUUCAUGAGUCCUCAGGGAAACGAAGAAAGGACUCAAGAGAAGAGAGAGAUGGAAGAGUUGCACAAGAUUGCGAGAGCUCAUUAUCACGCAGGUCCUCAACAAGUUCAGGAUUUAGCACAUGAAUUCUUCAAUUCUAUGGAUAGUGAUGGCGAUGGCCGGAUUGAUCUGCCUGAGUUCCUAGCAUUCGUGAGACGGGAAGGCCGUUUCGAUAUGCAUAAUCGUUACUUUUUCAAGGAGUUGGAUAGAGAUGGGAAUGGCUCACUGGAUUUCUGGGAGGCAAUGACUUUACACUACAUCAUAAAAAGCAGAAGGCCAUUUUGCUAUUCUUGUGCAAACAUUGUACCGGGAAUAUUUUACUCGUGUGUGGAAUGCUCUUUCACCCUAUGCUAUGAUUGUUAUCGGUCUACUAAACACAAUCACAAUGGUCGCACUCAGUUUUUGGACAACUACAAAGCCAAACAAGAUUCAUCACAGGCAACACAGAUUAAUCCCUACACGAGAGAGAUGGAAGAGUUGCGCGAGAUUGCAAGAGCUCAUUAUCACGCAGGUGCUCAACAAGUUCAGGAUUUAGCACAUGAAUUCUUCAAUUCUAUGGACAGUGAUGGCGAUGGCCGGAUUGAUUUUUUUGAGUUCCUAGCAUUCGUGAAACAGGAAGGCCAUUACCAGAUGCAUAAUCUAAGCUUUUUCAAGGAGUUAGAUAGAGAUGGGAAUGGCUCACUGGAUUUUUGGGAGGUAAUGACUUUAUACUACAUCAUAAAAAGCAGAAGGCCAUUUUGCGAUUUUUGUACAAAGUUUGUACCGGGAAUAUUUUUCUCGUGUGUGGAAUGCUCUUUCACCCUAUGCUGUGAUUGUUAUCGGUCUACUAAAUGUGAUCACAAUCACAAUGGUCGCACUCAGUUUUUGGACAACUACAUGAUACUCCAAGCCAAACAAGAUUUAUCACAGGCAAAACAGAUUAAUCCCUGCACGCAAACUUACGGUUCACACUGUUUCUGGCAGCAAACUUACUGUUCAUGCUAUGUACAUAAUCCAAAUCCAAGCCCAGUACUUCAACAGAAAUUGUUCCAGCAAAUAAAGUGAACAAAUGGAAUGUUGCAUUUAAAGCAUUUGAGGCAGCCCUAGCCAUUGGAAAUAUCGCUGGCGCAAUGUGUACAAUCUCAUGAAGCCAGAUUCUGCUUCAGUAAAUGCCAUGGCGGAACGUAUAUUUCCAACAAGGGUUGGGGGAUCUAGAUUCAUGCUGCUUUAAGGGGCUUUGAUGUGUUUGUAUCUAUUACUUUUCCCCUUUUUUUUGGCCGGUGACUCUGUGUCGGAGCUUUGAAGUUUUUGUUUCUUUAAGGGUGGAAAGCUUCAAUUGCACAAAACAUUUGUGUGCAUAUAUUGGAGUUCUACACGAGUAUUGUAUUGCAACAACUAUAAACGUGAAUUUUUUUCACGUCGACUUUUUCAAAAAUAUUAUGCCCCUGUUUCGUAUCAA